GUCAGCGUGUCGGCGCGCACACACAGACAUGAGAGCAGCAGAGUGACCACGGACCAGUCAGUGUCUGAACAUCACGCGCGCCAUCCAUGACGCACAUAACCAUCCAUACUGAAGCACAUCGGGGAAAUAAGAGAUUUGAGCGUUUUUGAGCGCGGAUCCUUCUGUUUUUCUACCACUUUGCAUUGACUUGCUGCCUGAAACACAGCGGAUUAUAAUCCCGUUUUGGAUUUAAAUCUCCUCUUUAACUUCUCAUCAACACCAAACUUCUGUCACGAGUGGAAGGCGCGCGCGGAGAUGGCGCAGAGGUACGAUGAGCUGGCUCAUUAUGGCGGCGCGAUGGACGGAGUCGGAGUCCCCGCUUCCAUGUACGGAGACCCGCACGCGCCGCGGCCGCUGCCCCAGGUCCACCACCUGAACCACGGGCCGCCCCCGCACCCGACACAGCACUACGGAGCCCACGCACCGCACAACAUCCUGCCCAGCAGCAUGGGCAGCAGCAUGGGCAGCGCCGUGAACGACGCGCUCAAGAGAGACAAGGACCAAAUCUACGGACACCCGUUAUUCCCGCUGCUGGCUCUGGUGUUUGAGAAGUGUGAGCUGGCGACCUGCACUCCCAGAGAGCCCGGGGUGGCGGGAGGAGACGUGUGCUCCUCAGACUCCUUCAAUGAAGAUAUUGCAGUGUUUGCCAAACAGAUCCGCGCAGAGAAACCUUUAUUUUCGUCCAACGCGGAGCUGGAUAACUUGAUGAUCCAAGCGAUCCAAGUUCUUCGAUUUCAUCUGUUGGAAUUAGAAAAGGUUCACGAGCUCUGUGAUAACUUCUGCCACCGCUACAUCAGCUGUCUCAAAGGCAAAAUGCCCAUUGACCUGGUCAUUGAGGACAGAGACGUGUGCAAGUCCGACUUUGACGAUCUGUCAGGGUCCUCCACCAACCUGGAUCAUAACCCAGUGUCCUGGAGAGACAUGGACGACACCCACUCCACACCCUCCGUGGGCACCCCGGGACCGUCCAGCGGGGGACACGUCUCCCAGAGUGGAGACAACACGAGUGAACUGGGAGAUGGCCUCGACAACAGUCUGGCAUCACCAGGCACAGGAGACGAGGAUGAGCAAGACAAGAAGAGGCAGAAGAAACGAGGCAUCUUCCCCAAAGUGGCCACAAACAUAAUGAGAGCGUGGCUCUUCCAGCAUCUUACACAUCCAUAUCCUUCAGAGGAACAGAAAAAGCAGCUUGCACAGGACACAGGCCUCACCAUCCUGCAAGUCAAUAACUGGUUUAUAAAUGCGAGGAGGAGAAUAGUGCAGCCUAUGAUCGACCAGUCCAACAGAGCAGUGAGUCAGGGUACAGCGUACAGUCCAGACGGUCAGCCAAUGGGAGGCUUUGUUCUUGACGGGCAGCAGCACAUGGGUCUACGACCAGGAGGGCCGAUGGGAGGCAUGGGCAUGAACAUGGGCAUGGACGGGCAGUGGCACUACAUGUAAAAGCCUCUGACGGUGUGCCUGCUCAACAACAGGGUGAAGCCUCAGCGCUCGGCUCAGGGAUCUUCCUUCAUCUGGCAGUGGAGCUCAGCUGCAGCCGCUACGUCACGCCCCCUUUCCUGAGCACGCACGGUGCAUGC